UGAUGCUGAGUGGCUUGAGCUGGAAGUUCAACCGCGCGUACGUGGUCAGCCUGUGGUGCGUAAAACGCGCGCUCCGGGGUGGAGACUUCUUUGGAGAGGCAGCACUUGAGAGCACAGCAGCACGACUCCCUGCAUCCACAGGUUGUCUCGCGUUUCUCUCCUCCUCUCUGAGCAUCUUGGCAACCCAGACCAGCGCAGAGUGCUGCCAGUGGACAUGAACAGAGAAGUCGUGAGGUAACGCGUUUGGCUGAACCACUCGGACGCAGAAGCUCAGGAGCAAAAUGCCAAAUCCGCGGCGCUGGAUGACUUGAUUUUAACCUUCCUUGACAGGAAGUUCCCAAUUUUUUUUGGUCAUAAACUAUCAUGUAAGCGUUUCUUCAGAGGACAGUGAGUUCUGUUCGACAGCACAAUGCCCCAGGAACCUCGUCGCAGCUGCACCCCGGUGACAACAGCAACAUAAUGGCAUGUAGGAGCGGCUGCUGCUGCGGCUCCGGUCCUAUAAACGAGGAUAACGCGCGGUUCCUGCUGCUAGCGUUGUUCAUCGUCGUCUAUCUCCUGUGCGGGGCCGCCGUCUUCUCGGCGCUGGAGCAGCCGAAGGAGCGAGAGGCGAAGGAGCGCUGGGCGCAGAGGUUCGAGCAUUUCAGCCAGAAGUACAACCUGAGUAAGAAAGACCUGAACAACUUCCUGAGGAACUACGAGGAGGCGAACGUGGCGGGGAUCCGUGUGGACACAAUCAGACCUCGGUGGGACUUCACCGGCGCGUUGUACUUCGUGGGAACUGUGGUGUCAACCAUUGGGUUUGGGAUGACCACCCCGGCCACCAUCGGAGGGAAGGUCUUCCUCAUGUUUUACGGCCUGCUCGGCUGUGCAGCCACCAUCCUCUUCUUCAACCUCUUCCUGGAGCGUGUCAUCACCGUCAUCGCCUUCGUUCUCAAGUCCUGCCACGAACAACGCCGCAACAAGGUCGUGCUACCGCAGAAUGGACGUCGGGUCUCUGACGGAAACAGAGCAGGUGGAACUGGGGGAGCUGGAAGAGGCAAAGGGGAGGAUCUCGCCGGUUGGAAACCCUCCGUCUACUGUGUCAUGCUAAUUCUAGGUGCAGCGGCCAUCUUGGUGUCCUGCUGCGCCUCGCUGAUGUACUCGGCAGCCGAGGGGUGGGGUUACCUGGACUCGCUUUACUUCUGCUUUGUGGCCUUCAGCACCAUUGGAUUUGGAGAUAUGGUGAGCAGCCAGAGAGUUGUUUACGAGGGCCACGCCACAACAGCGUACUGGCUGGGCAACUUCUUCUUCAUCCUGACCGGCGUCUGCUGCAUCUACUCGCUCUUCAACGUCAUCUCCAUCGUCAUCAAGCAGGUCCUCAACUGGCUGCUGAGGAGGCUGGAGGCCCCCUGCCGCUGCUGCUUCCCCAGGAGGGGCCACCACCCGCACAGGCACCCCAGGCGGAACGUGGUCGCCCCGGGUCACCUCCGUGCACGCAGGGAUCCGUCCAUCGAGACCGACGGCAUCAACGAGAGCGAGACCGACACGGGGCGCAGGAUGUCUGGGGAGAUGAUCUCCAUGAGGGACUUCUUAGCAGCCAACAAGGUGAACUUGGCCAUUAUGCAGAAGCAGCUGUCGGAGAUGGCCAUCGGGCACCCGCGCCAGUCCAGCUCCAGUUCGCGUCAGAACGGCUUCUCAGGAGGCGUGGGCGCCCUGGGCAUCAUGAACAACCGCCUUGCAGAGACUAGCGUGGACAGAUAGAGGCGGCCGUGGGAAGCUCUUUUGACGGAUACAAAAGGCGCGAGAACAAACUGACACUGGAGGACUAAAAGAGGAGAUUCAGAGAAUGAAGGCUGACCCCCAGCAGCUACAAGUGAAACCAUCGCAGCCCACUUUCCUGUCAAGAACACGGCCAUGUGAAUGAUGCAUGAUAGUUUACCGGAGUCUCACAUCUGGACCACACUGCUGGAAUUUUCUCCCGUGAGGAAUCCAGUUUCCAUGGUGAUAAAAAAAGCCUGCCUUCAGCCCCUCUGCAUCCAAGCCUGAUGAUACACCACACGCUACUUCACAGCAAACCGCAACUUCGGCUCCUCUGCAGUACUUUACCAUACUCACUAUGAAUCUACGCAACUCUGUCUGUCACUGUAAAGGAUAUUUAUGAGGGAAAAAUAGCUUUAAUAAAGUGGUUGUUUCUUGG